AUGGACAUGAGGGUCCCCGCUCAGCUCCUGGGGCUCCUGCUGCUCUGGCUCCCAGGUGCCAGAUGUGACAUCCAGAUGACCCAGUCUCCAUCCUCCCUGUCUGCAUCUGUAGGAGACAGCGUCACCAUCACUUGCAGAGCCAGUCAGGGUAUUAGCAACUGGUUAGCCUGGUAUCAGCAGAAACCAGGGAAAGCCCCUAAGCUCCUGAUCUAUAGGGCAUCCAGUCUGCAAAGUGGGAUUCCCUCUCGGUUCAGUGGCAGUGGAUCUGGGACAACUUACACUCUCACCAUCAGCAGCCUGCAGCCUGAAGAUUUUGCAACUUAUUACUGUCAACAGAGUUACAGUACCCCUCGUGAUACUUUCGGCCAGGGGACCAAGCUGGAGAUCAAACGCUGCAAUGGGGACAUUGUGCUGACCCAGUCUCCAGUCUCCUUGGCCGUGUCUCCAGGACAGAUGGCCACCAUCACCUGCCGAGCCAGUGAGAGUGUCAGUGUCUUAGGAAUGACUAACUUAAUUCACUGGUAUCAGCAGAAACCAGGACAACCUCCUAAACUCCUGAUUUACCAAGCAUCCAAUAAAGACACUGGGGUCCCAGCCAGGUUCAGUGGCAGUGGGUCUGGGACCGAUUUCACCCUCACAAUUAAUCCUGUGGAAGCUGAUGAUGCUGCAAAUGAUUACUGUCUGCAGAGUAAGAAUUUUCCUCGGACGUUCGGCCAAGGGACCAAGUUGGAAAUCAAACGAGCUGUGGCUGCACCAUCUGUCUUCAUCUUCCCGCCAUCUGAGGAGCAGUUGAAAUCUGGAACUGCCUCUGUUGUGUGCCUACUGAAUAACUUCUAUCCCAGAGAGGUCAACGUAAAGUGGAAGGUGGAUAAUGUCGUCCAGUCGGGUAACUCCCAGGAGAGUGCCACAGAGCAGGACAGCAAGGACAACACCUACAGCCUCAGCAGCACCCUGACGCUGAGCAACACAGAGUUCCAGAAACACAAAGUCUAUGCCUGCGAAGUCACCCAUCAGGGCCUGAGCUCGCCCGUCCCCAAGAGCUUCAAUAGGGGAGAGUGUUAGAGGGAGAAGUGCCCCAGGCCCCCCACCUGCUCCUCAGUCCCAGCCUCACCCCUCCCAUCCUUUGGCCUCUGACCCUUUUUCCACAGGGGACCUACCCCUAUUUCGGUCCUCCAGCUCAUCUUUCACCUCACCCCCCUCCUCCUCCUUGGCUUUAAUUAUGCUAAUGUUGGAGGAGAAUGAAUAAAUAAAGUGAAUCUUUGCA